AUGAUAAAACUGUACUUCCUCUCGGUAUUCUAUUCGGCACUCAAUCACAUCCCGCCAUUUGUGUGGGCCGUCCUCCAUGUGGUUGCAGAUAUAGUGCAAUUUUGGAUGCGACGACUGAUGAACUACUUUCGUCCCAAAUCUCGAAACCUGUACCAUGGAGCUAUCACCGAACUUGAGCGCUGUGAAACUUAUCAGGACUGGUACAAUAGAGCUGCAGUAGUGGACGAAAUAACGGGUGCAGACUUGUGGCGCCGCAAUUUUUAUUCCCAGCGUUACGAUGUCAACUCUGUUCUCGAACAGUACGCCGUACUGGAUGAAGCUCUCGAUGAACAAGACGCUCAUACUAUUGUACAACGCUUUAGUACUACCGGGCCCUCUAUGCUACGAAAUUUUGCCGGCAUCGUCGACAAGCGGCUGUUCACAAAGUCCUUAAUCGGAACAAAGUUGCUUAUAGAACAGUACCUAGAUAAAGUGCUGGAAUGCUUACAGUUUUUAUGUGAAACCCCAGCCGUUGCGAGAACCUCUUUUUUCCAAAGAUGCAAGCUGUCUUUGGGGACGACAGCCUUCAUAUUGCAAGGUGGUUCGUUGUUUGGUCUAUUCCAUUUGGGGGUCAUCCGGGGCUUGCUAGAUCAGAAAUUGCUUCCGAACAUAAUCAGCGGGAGCUCAAUGGGGGCUUGUAUUGGUAGCAUGUGCUCUGUAUUAACCAACGAUGAGCUUUUUAUGCUACUUUCAGGUGACAAUCUUUUGAAUGCCAUCAAAUCUGACCUUGAACUUCUGAAAAAAUGCGGCUAUGGGAAUAUCGAUCAGGACAUGAACUUAGGCUCUCUUUUGCAAAACGUUGUUCAUCGCGGGUAUUCAAAAGACGUAUUCCUUUUCAUCAAUUUCGUGAACAAAGUAGUGAUAAAAGAUCUCACCUUCGAGGAAGCAUUCCAGCGAACCGGUAAGAUCCUGAAUAUUAUUGUUCAUCCAACUGAUCGUAAUAGGUGCCCAACGCUACUAAAUUAUGUGACUACGCCAAAUGUUCUUAUAGCUUCAGCAAAUGACUGUAGUCUAGGUUCCGAAGUGGUUUCUAGUGGGACCAAAUUGUUGUGCAAGAAUCUGAAAAAUGAGAUUGUCGAUUAUCUUCCCGACACUGGAGAUACGCGCGUAGUGUUUUUGACGCCACAAAAUGCCAGUGAGACUGGUCUCGCGGAAAGCCCGUACACGCGGUUAACAGAACUUUUCAACGUUAACAACUUCAUAGUCUCACUGGCCCGUCCUUACCUCGCGCCUUUGGUUAUGAAUGACUUGAAACAUGAGAUCAAAACGUCGAAAUAUUACUAUUAUAAACACUACCCGACGACCGAUAUGAGUAAUUUCACACCUUUACAACUAUCGAACAUGAAUGAAGUUGAACCCCUGGGUUUUAAAUUCAGAUACCACUUGGAACGAAAGCUCAAACACAUUGCCACCAUGGAAUUCCGUCAUCGAGUUGAUGUUCUAGAUAAUUUGGGGAUAUUAAGCCAUUGGAUCAAGAGGCUUGCCAUUGAUGAAAAAACACCAAGAUCUGCUACCGAGAUAACGAUAGUACCAAAUAUGAAAAGUUUGUCCUUUAGCAGGGUUAUCGAAGGACAGCUUGACAACAUUCCCUACUGGAUCAAGUGUGGAGAACAAAGCUGCUGGCCAGUUUUGGCGUUGAUCAAGACCCGCUGCGCGGUGGAGUUUGGUCUUGACGAGAUCAUCAAAGCCAAAAGAAGAAUUUGA